AUGACAAACGUUAUAUACGAUCGUGAAACUUUGCUCAGAACAGUAUCUACUUUUCCUUUAAUUGACAAUCACUGUCAUAACCUUUUAACGCCUGAUGCAUCGUUGACUUGUCCAUUGGAAAUAUGCUUUUCAGAGGCUCAGGGUGAUGCAUUAAAAGAUGUGCCUCAAACUAGUGCCUUUAAACGAGGUAUACGCCAGCUUGCUGAACUUUAUAAUUGUCCACCAACCUUUGAUGAUAUCAAAAAAGUGAGGGAUCCAAAGUCACAUAUUGAUAUAUGUAAAACUUGCUUUGAACCUACUGGCAUUCAGUCCUUGCUUUUGGAUGAUGGGCUUAACCCGUUAGGUGGCCUUAUGGAUGUACAAAGCCACGUAGGAUUAGUUGACGUAGCGCGAAGAAUCGUGAGAAUUGAAAGUAUUGCAGAAAAGAUUUUAUAUGAUUUGGCAACAUCUGUAGCUAGUACAGAUCAAAGAGUGUUGAAUUUUGCUGCAUUCGAAGAACCAUUGAAAAAGCAACUUGAAAUCUGUGCAAAAUCUGAAUCAGUAGUGGGCUUCAAAAGUAUUGCUGCUUAUAGGACAGGAUUGAAUAUCGAUUGUGUUCCAAAUGCUGAAGCUGCUGCGAUUGCUUUGGGAAACUUUAUUUCGGACUUUGAGUCAUUACAUGAUAAGAAAGGACCUGUUAGACUUGCUAAUAAAGUUCUAAUUGAUCACAUAUUGAACUUAGCAAUCGAUAUCGCUGCCCAGCACGAUAUUCCUAUCCAAUUUCAUACAGGCACGCUACAUAAAUAUUAUGGCCAUUACCAUCCAGAAUCUUUCUAUGUCGCCGCAAUUCAAGGAAGAGAGACUUUAGGCAAGGUUUUAUUAGAUUCUGUAGAAAAUGGUGAAUUGUCUUAUGAAGAAACAAUAAAAAUCGCUAAACAAAUUAUGUUCGAGAAUUCCAAUACACUAUAUAAACUCAAUUUAACACCGAAACAGACCGAUAAUGAAGGAUAUAAAGAUGUUUCAGGGGAACAAAAAAUCGUUAAAUUAAAAAAAAUGGGUGUGAAGUUUGUUCGUGUCGGCUACAUGGAAUGCUCUAGUCAAUAUAGAUUUCAUAUCGUUCCCAUUGAUCGUUUCCAAAGCUACACCGCUAGUCAUGGAGUGACAAUUAUGCGAGCUCUCACAGCUUUACCUUAUUACGGAGAUGUAGUUCCAGAGACUGUUGGUGUCACCGCAUCUGGUGAAUUAUUAAUGAAACCUGACCUUAGCACACUCAUACAUUUACCUUAUAAUCCUAAACAUGCAAGCGUCCAAGUUUUCUUUGAAAAUAAAUUGACACCAGCAGAUCCUGAAUAUGGAAAGAUUGAUAAUUUACCUAAUUUUUUGGCUUAUCCUCUUUGUCCUAGAACUUGUCUUAAAAAUAUUAUUGAUUAUGCCCUUAAAGAGUUUAAUAUCACUUUUUUGGUUGGAACUGAACUUGAGUUCGUCUUACUUAAAGAAACCACGCCUCCGGUGCCCGUUGAUGAUACUGUUUAUGCUGCCGCUAGUUCUUUUCGUGGUUCUACUUCCGAAAUAUUGGAUAAGAUGGUUGAAUCUUUGCAAGAGCAAGGGAUUGAAGUCGAACAAUUUCAUUCUGAAGCAGCACCAGGUCAAUUUGAAAUUGUCACUGGACCAGAAAGUCCAUUGAUUACGGCAGAUAGAAUGGUUGUAGCACGUCAAACAAUAUAUGAUGUUGCUGCUCAAUCUGGUAUAAAAGCAACAUUUGUGCCUAAACCCUUUAAAGAUCAAGCGGGAAAUGGUGCACAUGUGCAUCUAUCUUUCAAAGAAAUCGACAAGUCUGAGAAAAUUGAUGACGGUCACCCUUCAGGACUAUCCCCAUAUGAAAGAUCAUUCAUUGCUGGU